AUGGACCGCCCUCAACUCCAUCGACCGGAGUCCUUCAAGUUCAGUUGUGGGAGAGCUGGCCAGUACCGAAGGUUUCAGCAACCAAGAGGGAAAAACAGCUCAUUCAAAAGGAAGGGGAUUGAAAGAUGGCAUAAAGCUGUGUCUACCAACUUGGUAAAACAAAAUGUAUUGGUCCCCAAAGAGGAACCGUCCAGUGGCAGCGACAUGGAAUUUCAUGAAAGCCAGCAAAGUCAGAAAAAAAGUGUGAUGAAGAAAGUGAAGACCUUCGUCGGGAGGAUGCUGUCAGCUCGGCACAGACACAAGCCAGCCGGUUCGGGCGCCACCAGCCCCCAGGAAGCCCUCCUUCCCCACCCGCAGAGCCUUCUUCCUGGAGGUGCCCAGGAGCUGCCGCCGCCCAGGCUCCGCUCCACACCGAGGACGAGAAAACUCCCACAGAACGCAGCUCUCCAACUCGACGUUGUAGAAGCAGAGACGGAGGAGAUCACCCGUGGAAGCACACUGCUCCGGGCCAGAACCACCCGGCGGCUGUCAGUGACAUCCCUCCCGGCGACAUCCCUCCCGGCAGGGCUGCACAAGGCUCCACGCUCCGCAAAAAAGAGACCACACUUUCCAGCACUUAGAAAGAGGAAACACGGCACGAGAAAUGUCCUCCGGAAACCAGACUUGACAGUAGGAAAGCUUCAAAUGCAGGUGGAUGACCUCAUAGAAACAGUGACGGACAAGUCCAUGAAGUUACUGGCCCAAAGGCACGCUGAGCUUCAACAGUGCGAGUUUCUAGGGGACGAAAUUCUUCAGUCUUCUAAGCAGUUCCAGAGGAUUUCCAAGAGAACCAUGAGGAAGUAUAAAUUGAAGAAUGUGUGUUUCCCAUGUACCUGCUGCUGCUUCUGAUUUUGUUCUGGAUUGCAUAAAAGUUAUCUUCAUAGGGAUUCUUACCUUUUGGUACAUAAUCCUGAAUAAAUCCCUCUAGUGAAUGAAUCAGUGGGGAGGAGGCAUUUUUUAUAAUAUUCUGCCCCACAGUCCUUAAAAAAUUACUUUUUUAAAAAUUAAUUUUUAAUUCUAACUUACUAUAAGCAAAUUUUUGCUUCAUAAUUCUUAUAAAUAAUAAAAAAAUAGAAACAUUAAGGCAUAACAAUUCUGCAAAAAUAUUUCUCCCAUGAUUGCCUUUAAAUACAACAAAGUAUUUAAAGGUAUUACCACACUUUUUGCUUGCCCGCUGUAUCUCAGUGGUUGAGCGUCUUCCUAUGAACCAGGAGACCAGGGUUUGAUUCCCGGUUAGGGCACAUGCCCAGGAUUGUGGGCUCAAUCCCCCGUGUGGGGCGUGCAGGAGGCAGCCUAUCAAUGAUUCUCUCUCAUCAUUGAGGUUUCUCUCACUUCCUCUCAGAAAUAAAUAAAAAUAUAUAUUUUAAAAAAGGUAUUAUGACACUUUUAAUAUAACUACAACUGAGCUAAUUUCAAAUUUUCAUGUUUUUAAAUAUAAAAAUUCUUAAAAUUACAAAAAUGUAACACUAUUAAGGUAUGAUUCAUGUAAAGUGUCAUGUUUCUGAACUAAAAUAAAUGAAUAAAGCUGAAACCUAACAAGUAUUGAAAAUGUAAUUUAAUACUUAAGAAAAUUACAGGUGAUUCAGCCUUAGUUUACUUUUAAAAAGGUCAUGAAUUCCUUUAAGCAAGACCAUAUUCAUAUACUAUUCUAAAAUUACUCUUCACUUUAUCAACUUUUCUCCACUGAAAGUUAUUCCCAAGGAACAAAACAGUUGAGAGGAAAUAUGAACAAAACAUUUAUUUUUUUUAUUAUUUUUUAAAAAUAUAUUUUAUUGAUUUCAGAGAGGAAUUAAGAGGGAAAGAGAGAUAGAAACAUCAAUGAUGAGAGAAUCAUUGGCUGGCUGCCUCCUGCA